GAAAUGCACAAUAUACGUCUGGAUUUCGAACAGGAACUCGCCCGUAUGCGCGCUGCUCGACCACCCUCACCUCUGCUUGUCUCGCUGGACAACCAACCAGAUCGGCCGCCGCCAAAGUCUGAGGAGGAAAUGACCAAGGUACUGGCGUGUCAAGUGUGUUACCAGCAGCUAGCGGAUAUAGCUGUGUUGCCGUGCGGUCACAUGGUCAUGUGUCAGUGGUGUGCGGAUGUCGUGGUGCCAGUUAGACAUGGACAUAUACCAGCGCGUCCGACAAAGUGUCCCAUGUGUAGGAAGCAGGUGAAGCAGAGAUUUAAAAUUCAUGCGGGAUAA